GAAUGAAUGUCGGAUGUUGGACAGCAUGGCACCGAGCAGGACAACCUUCCCUCCCCGGGCUGUGAUGGAGGAGAGAGCCGCCUGAUCCACGCGUGUUUUGUGUCCAUGGAUACCGGCACCCUCACCCAACAGGUAGCGAGUGUCGAGCGAAACAUCGCAUUCUUGCAAAAGGAGCAUCAGGUCCUCCUGACUGGCCUGCGCCUGGAGAUCCGUCACCUAAAGAAGAGAUGUAACGAUCUGAGUUGUGAACUGAGCAAAAGGUCUCCUGCAAGAAACAGAGAUGACAUAGAAGCUGAGAAGGAGUUUCUGCGGGCUCGGUUAUUGCAGACAGAGCAUCAUCUCGCUGAACAGGAGUGCUCGCAGGGAGAGCUGAAAGCCAAGCUCCGGCACAAGGGGGAGCAAGCUGGUGCUCUGCAGGUGCGACUUCGAGAUGAGGAGCGCCGCUUUUUGGAGGAGCUGAAGCGGCGCAGUCAUAAGAUCACGGCACUUAGCCGCGAUCUCCGCAAGCAGACCGACAUCGCUGCUCAGCUCACUUUCCAACUACAUUCAGCACGCUUCCGCCUCUACCACCAAGCAGAGGACGAAGACAAGGAGGAGGAGGAGAAAGGUGAAAAAGAUGAGAAGGGUCCAGGCUGUUUGUCAAGCCCUCCACAGGCCUCAACAGCCAGAGCAGAAACCAGACAUCGCAGCCACUGUUCGGCAAGAUUGCGAAGGUCAGAACGAGUGAGGGAAUGCGUGCCACAAGAACGCAUACUGGGCCCGGAGAAGCCACGCCCAAUGCCAGACCCUGCGCUCUUCUUGUAUCCCUUCAAACACAGGCUCCUCCCUUUACACAUAUCACUGGGAGGGCACUGUGGGGAAGGGGAUUCACAAAGGCGGAUGGGUAGACUGUCUACCCGAGUGAUGAGAAAGGAUGCCAGACCAGAGACGACAGAUUUAUAGUGGAAUAGAGACUGAUCCGUUACACUUUAGCUCAGUUGUAUAAUCUUUUACUGAUAAAGAGCAUAUAGAGCAACCUAGCAACUUACAUCUUACUGCACCUUUUCUGCGCAUUUGAGCAGUGUCAACGCAUCCAUAGGGGCAGGUACGGCUGAGCUCCACUGUUUAUAGCAACAAAAUGUUAAGCCCUCAUUCACAACUUGAUAUUUCGAAUUUAUUAGAAAAAGUGUCUAAUAUUU